UUCCUUUGGUCGAAAUGUUUGCGAUUUCAAUUUUCCUACUCUACCAGUUGAGUGCAGUGCUAGGUGGCAGGGACCGCAGUGUCAGAGUCUCUGUUCAAGUCAAGGAUCAGAUCCUUUCCACAGAUGACGUGGACUCAGCUUACCAAAUGUAUCUGAAGAGUUACCAAGACUUAGACAGUAAUGCGCCCGCCAUGCUCAAAAUGGUUGAUCCAGUUACACAAGAGAGGGAGAAUGAGAGAAAGAAAAACAAUUUUAUGACGUCUCUGGCAAAAGCAAAGGCGCACAAUGUGAAGUUUGAGAACGGAGAAUCGAGGUUCAAGAUGACAGUGAACUCCUUCUCCGUGAUGGACGAAGAAGAGAAGAGGGCACGUCUGGGAGCGAUCAAUGCUACCAGAUCAGACGUAGAGAAGACCGGCAAGAAGAAACUACUCGGAGCAAUGACCUCCCCCCACCCAGACACUCUGAGUUGGCACAGUAUGGGAUACGUAUCAGAUUCCUUUGAUCAGGGCGACUGUGGCUCCUGCUGGACCUUCCCUGCAGUAGCUCUCCUGGAGUUCGCUCUUAAAGAAGCUACUGGAAAACUUGUCCAGCUGUCCAACCAGCAACUCCUGGACUGCACAUACGAGUUCAACAAACAGUACGGGAAACAUGACGGGUGCAAAGGAGGACUCUAUGAGCACGCCUGGGACAUGGUCAUUAAGACCCAGCACAUGGCCCCCCUAGCCAGAUACAAGUACAGGGAGCAUGACUACAAGUGUGACUUUGAGCGAUACACCAACACUUUGGAGAACAACAUCAAGAUCACGGGCUACAAAUCUGUGUCUCCGAGCUCCACUGGGAUCCUGGACGCAGUGCAGUUGAUGCCCCUGGCUGUGGCUAUCAGAGUGGAGGAGGAGCUGUACGCGUACAGUGUAGGGAUAUAUGAUGGGUGUAACAAAGAACACAAAGAACCAGAUCAUGCUGUCCUACUGACUGGAUACGGACCAAACUACUGGGAGGUGAGGAACAGUUGGGGUCCUGACUGGGGAAUCAACGGAUUCUGGAAGUUCGUCAGAGGUAAAGGUGCUAAAAUGUGCUUCCUUCUGGAUUUUGCUUCUCACAUUACAUACAAAAACCUCGUCGACAACAGCGUCACAGGUUCCGGGGACGAUGACAAAGGUCUAACCACAGAGACAACCAAUACUGCCACAACCAGUUCACACCCAACCACCAACUCCAAACCCAGCCCCACAACCGAACCAAUCACUGACCCACCAACCCCAGAAUCCACAGUAAGCCACCCGAGUACCACAGAGGAGGUCGGCUCCAGCACCACAUCAGCUAUUGAAACAGACCCACUAACCACUGCCACUGCCACCGGAGGAACCACUGUCACCGCCACAGAAAGGCUCGUAACUCUCGUUACUGAUCCUAAGGUGGAGUGUGUCCCGGGCCAGUUCUGGACUGGGAGCGAGUGUGUGCUGUGUCCGGAGAACACGUACAGUGGUCACGGUGCUCAGUUCUGUAUCAGCUGCCCAGAAGGGACAUCUUCAGAGGAGGGUUCGGACUCAUCUGAUGACUGCGAGGAGAAGAAGUGCCAGGAUGCCUAUGAUGACUGUGCUCAGUGGGCCAGGAACGGGUACUGUGUUAACGGAGAAUACAUCUCCUUCAUGGAGAACGACUGCAGGUUGUCCUGCUACUUCUGUGAGGAGUACUGUGAUGCUGGCUACUACAGAGAUUUUGAGACUGGUCACUGUCUCAUCUGUCCUGCAAACACCUACAGUGCUUACAAAAGUAACCGGUGUGAAACCUGCCCGGUAGGAUCCUCCAGCGCAGAAGGCUCCACCGACGUGUCCAACUGUAACAGAGAAACAGCCUGCGAGGACGCAGCCUCAGAGCAGUGGUGUAUGACCUACGUGCCGCACGGUUUCUGUGAGACCAGGAGGAGGUCUAUGGAGGCAAGGUGUGCUAAGAGCUGCGGGUUCUGCUCCGACGAGAAAGAAGAGGAGUGUCAGGAUAAGUACGAGUUUGAUGUUUGCCAGAAACUCCGCGCUCGAGGAUAUUGUUACGAGCCUGACUUUAUUGAUAUGAUGAGGGACUUCUGUGGGAAAACGUGCGGUACUUGCAGGGACGAGGGAGAAGAAGUAGACAUGAACUGUGUAGAUGGAGUAGAGUAUACUGACGACUGCCCCCAGUGGGCUGACCUGGGCUACUGUGAGUACGGGAGUGAGUACACGGCCUUCAUGCAUCAGAGUUGCAAAAAGAGCUGUCACAGUAUCAUCAACAUCUGUCAAAAUGAAGAUAUUGAAAAGGACGAGGAGGUUAACACCCCCACCACUCCUUCUGCCACCUCAAAACCUACCACUGAGGCAGAGCCGAGUUCGACAGAACAAACUAGCGAUACCACCGACUGCUGGUUAAUCAACACUGGCAUCUCCGACAACGUGAUACUCAGCCAGCCCGAGUUCACCACCUACAAUGAGUGCGAGGAGCUCUGUAAGAGAGUAACAAACUGCCGCGGUAUCAUGGUCAGUCCCGCCUACUGGGCAGAUAGACAAUGUUUUAUCCUAGGGGAGGAUGUGGUUGGAGAAAGGUUUGCCUGGACAGCAGCAAAACGGGAGUGUUUCCAGCCUGGAUACGUGGAGGAGAACGGAGGAGGAGAGUGCAGCGACUCAGAGGAAUACGCUAGAGACUGUCCUACCUGGUCAAGUGAUCACUGCACUAGGGGAGAGUACGUUACCUUCAUGAAGGAACACUGCAGAGAGUCCUGCGGUUUGUGUGCCUCCACCAGCUGCACUGACGUGGCAGAGCACGCCUCUAACUGUGGAGAGUGGUCGGAGAAGGGGUUCUGUGACGCCACCUCCUACAGAGAGUGGAUGGAGGAGAACUGUGCGGAGUCGUGCGGGCUGUGCGAGGAGGGGAGAGUGGUGAGCGGUUGUACUGAUAAUGAGAAACACGCUGAGGACUGUAGGUAUUGGUCUCAGGAGGGAUACUGCCGCAGCGGACAAUACUUCACCUUCAUGAGGGACAACUGUGCGCUGUCUUGCAAUGCUUGCGGAGGUAGGGUAAGAGGUGCUUCUAGAGGAAGGAAUCCCAGGCAACAUGAAUAGAAUGGACCGUAACAAUUCUAUACUCAGGACAUAUGCAUAUCGUACGAUCGAAGACUGAAUUGAUAAUUGAAUUAAUUGCACUGACGAGACUAAAAAUAAUGAUAACACUACGCAGCUAUUGUCACUCUACCAUUAAUUGUGAUCCAUUUUGGUAGAAUAGUAGUUGACAUUAAAAUUAUGAGUUUUUAAUUUAAAUUUUUAGUCAAUAUGGAAAUUAUAUCAGUACAACUGUACUCUCAAAUAUUGAUCCAUUUUAUUUUGCUUAAAGAUUUUCAUGCAAGAUC